AUGAACUCUAAGAAGUCUUCCAAGAUGGCCAAAUAUAUUUCAGCACCGGACCAUGCAAGACAGUAUCCUGAAGGGACCUUGCACACAGACGGAGACAAGUUCUCCUCUACCUCCUGUAAUGUAAUUCUGGAUGGGUCCAGGAAAAACAGCAUAAAUUGGCACUUGGUGUCCGAGGCAUUCAAGAAGGGGAAGGCUGCUGGCAAUGCUGAAGGUCACAGCAAGAAGCAAGAGAGUGUGUCCUCCCUCUUGAAAAGGACCACAGAAAGCAGCUUGGAAAGGCAAGAGGUGGCAUUUUCCUUCAUGAAAGCUUUCACAGCAGCAAACAUCCCACUGGAGAAACUUGAUCACCUGAAUUUAAGGGACUACAUGAACCAAAAUGUGCCAACUGCUGGCAGUUUUCCAUGUACCAAAAAGCUUCCCCAAGACCAGUGGUGGGCAAAAUAA